AUGGAUAUCUGGGGCUUGGCCAAGGAAAAGCUGCGAAGAAAUGAAGAGGAUUCCGUGAAAUCAAAGGAGCGAUUAAAUGAAAAGAACGGCAACGAAGCUCACACCGAGAAUUCAACACACAUCAUCAUCUGUGGAAGUUCUCAGUCGGGUAAAACCGCCAUGGUAAAUAAAUUUCUCGAUAGAAAUGAGGAAGCAAAAGAAACCAUAGCACUGGAGUACAUCUAUGCAAGGAGAACUCGAGGCAAUAACAAGGAUGUCUGUCACAUAUGGGAACUCGGAGGCGGCACUAAACUCGUUCAACUCCUUGCUAUUCCUCUCGUCAAGGAGAACAUUCAUUCCGUUUCUGUGGUUCUCGUGUUGGACUUGACCCGCCCAUAUGAGCUAUGGAUUACCAUGGAAGCGCUAGUAUCUGGUGCGUCUCGCUACACAGAAGCCGCCAUCAGGAAUCUCGAUGACAGAGGACAGACGGCGAUCGGGAAUCGAAUGGUGGCUAGGUUGUCUGAAUACAAAGACGAUGUGAAAAUGUGUUCGCCGUUUCCGGUCCCACUCGUGGUAGUUGGUACAAAAUAUGACGAGUUCCAGGUGGCGUUUCAUUUGUACUUAAUUAACUACACAUUUCAACUCGAUAUCAAUGAAGAGAGGCAUCCUAGAGAUAUUUGCCACACGGGUCAAUAA